AUGGUAGCAAUCGAAGCUGAUCUCGUCGGUUCUAACACAACCCCAGAAGAACACUUAGAGCCAUUCUUCAAGAUCCACCCAGAAAUUAUGCUGGACAUAGCGUGUUACAAUGGGCCCAACAAUUAUGUUGUUGCUGGUCCCACUAAAUACAUCGACCACCUCGAAUCAUAUCUAGUCGAGAAGAAAGCCAACGGCGAAAAGAUCCGGUUCAAGGUCUUGAGAGGCAUGUAUGCGUACCAUUCCAGCAUGGCAGACACGAUCGUCGAUGAGUGCGCUAAGCUAUCGGCUUCAAUCGAGUUCCAGGAGCCAAGAUUCCACUUUGAAUCCUGCCAUGAAACCGCUUGGCCGGGUCCUGGACCUAACGUGGUCGCCCGCAACACCCGUCAGCCUGUAUAUUUUGGCCAAGCGAUGACACGCAUAGUCGACCGUCUGGGUGCGUGUACAUUCCUGGAAGCCGGCGUAAAUGGCCCCAUAGUCGCAAUGGCUCGGAGCGCGUUGCCACAAGCCCCGGCCCAAGAACAUCACACCUUCCUGGGCAUCAAUGGGAGGGAUCUUGUGCGAUCACUUACCGAUGCCACGGUCACGUUGUGGAAGACCGGGCAGUCAAACGUGCAGUAUUGGCUAUUCCACGGUUGUCAGCGGACAAGCUACCGGCCUGUGGCCCUGCCACCCUAUCAUUUUGAAAAGCACAAGCACUGGCUGGAGUACAAAGGUCUGUCUGGUGACAGGAAUAACAAGACUGGAGGGAAUGUGCCAGAACAUCCCGCUGUUUGUUCUCAUUGUCAGAAAGACACAGCGGAUCGUCCGUUCAUAAGGCAAGACAAGCCUCACACCCAGAAGCCGGGCGAGUCGGUUUUCACUAUCGACAUGCACAGUAGGCGCUAUCAAGACCUCGUCAAGGGCCACGUCGUGGUCGGGACCGCGAUAUGUCCAGCCUCAGUGUAUCUGGAGCUAGCUGCACAUGCUGUUGCCAUAUUACUGAACAAUAAGAUAACGUCCAGCAUAGUGAUAGACGACAUACAUUUCAAGGCCCCCUUGAGUUUGGAUACGCAGCGCUCCGUGAAGCUGACACUGACAAACAAGCAACAGUACACGUGGGGUUUUGAAUUCACCUCCACCAAGAAUGAAAGGUCAAUCUUGCACGCUAUUGGCAGCAUCUCACUCAGAGAUAAGAGCAAUGGAAAUGCUGAGGAAGAACAAGAAAAGAAAGACAAGUGGACCCGCAUGAUAAACCUACUUGAUAAUGAUCCCGACACAGACGCUUUGCGCGGUGCAAUGGUACAUAAAGUGUUCGGUAAUAUGGUGAAGCAUGCAGCUGCAUACCGCGGCUUGCGGCAUUUGGUUGGAAAAGGCACCGAGGGCGCAGCGGACAUCUCCAUACCGGUGAACGAACUCAAUACGGUGGCCAGAACACCCAACGACAACGUUGUUGAUGCUCUCGUGAUGAACAACUUCCUGGAAGUCCCGGGUGCAUAUAUAAAUUGCUUACACGUUUUUGGUGACGACGAUGACAGCAAGGCUUAUAUUUGUACGAGCUUGGGGUCUGUGGGCCCACUAAAUAAACUUCCUGAAGGCAGAUAUUACAGGGUAUAUGCGCAAAUUGUCCGGCAGAGCUCCAACGAGGCUAUAUUGGAUGUAUUGGCCUUUGAUGCACAGACGAUGGACUUAGUCUUGUCUGCCAAAGACAUCAAAUUCUCAGGGAUCUCCACCAGCACGUUGACCAAGUUACUGGCCGGCGCGGAUCCCAGCUCAACGGUCAACGGUCACACUGACCCAUCGCAAGUUGCUGAAACAACUGAGUCCAAGCAGCCAACAAAAUCAUACCCUGUCACGCAUCUAGGAUGA